AUGUCUGAAGACUUCUCAUCCCCGCAACUGAUAAACGAAUUCGACGACGAGAUGGCCUCCAACGGUAACGACAACAACGGCUCAUCGCACUCAAUGGCCAAAGACAGCACCCGAGUGUUGAAGGAUAUUCUUGCUGGGACAUGUGGUGGUAUAUCGCAAGUGAUAGUGGGACAACCGUUCGACACUACGAAAGUUAGAAUGCAAACGUCAGCGAAAUCGGUCGGUGCUUUGGAUAUCAUUAGGAAAUUGGUGAAGAACGAAGGUGUUUGGGCGUUUUAUAAGGGGUCUUUGAUACCUAUUGUUGGUGUAGGAGCUUGUGUAUCUGUGCAAUUUGGUGUUAAUGAAGCGAUGAAGAGAUUUUUCAGAGAAUGGAAUACGUCGAGGGGCACACAACAUCGCGAUGGGACUUUACAAUUGGGUCAAUAUUAUAUUUGUGGGUUGACUGGUGGUGUGGUGAAUUCAUUCUUAGCAUCACCCAUUGAACAUGUUAGAAUUAGAUUACAAACUCAAACGGGGAAUGGUAAUGAAAGAGAAUUUAAAGGUCCUCUUGAUUGUAUUAGGAAAUUGGUUAAGGAGAAGAGUCUAAUGAGAGGAUUAAGGCCCAUGAUGUUGAGAGCAGGACAUGGUCUUGGUUGCUAUUUUUUAACAUAUGAAGCUUUAAUUGCCAAUGAAAUUAAGAAGGGGAAAGAUAGAUCUGAGAUUGCGUCUUGGAAAUUAUGUUCAUAUGGGUCACUUUCCGGAGUGGUACUUUGGUUGGCUAUUUAUCCAUUAGAUGUAGUUAAAUCCAUGAUUCAAACUGAUACGUUACGAAAUCCCAGGUUUAAAAAUUCCAUGAAAAAUGUGAUAAAUCAUCUUUAUCGUGAACAAGGUAUAAGUGCAUUCUUUAAAGGGUUUGCACCUACGAUGUUAAGAGCUGCACCAGUUAAUGGAGCAACGUUUGUGACGUUUGAAUUGGUGAUGAGGUUACUUGGUUGA